AUGGGGCUACCUCUUAUCGGUCACUUGCAUCUCUUGGGAAGAAUGCUACACCUUUCAUUCCAGGCACUCUCCACAAAGUAUGGACCGAUUGUGUUUUUACGCCUGGGAAUGGUACCAGCUGUGGUGAUCUCCAGUCCGGAGCUAGUGAAAGAGGUACUAAAGAUCCAGGAUGCAAAUUUUGCCUCGAGGCCAUACUUGAUCAUGGGGGAGUACAACUUCUACAACUUCCGAGACAUUGGUUUUGUUCCGUAUGGCGACUACUGGAAAAGAAUGAGGAAGCUUUGCGCUACAGAGCUCUUUACUGUCAAGCGCAUUGAAUCGUUUCAAGGGGUGCGAACGAGAGAAAUGCGUGGCGUCUUGUCUGAGCUUGUGAAUGCGGCUGACUUUCAGAAGCCAAUCAACAUGAGCACCUCCUGA